CUACACGACUACUCGUACAGGACAAAACAAAAGCACACAAAACACAAAACAGGGAAAAACACAGUGAAUCAGCCAUACUGAGAACCAAUUUCUUUUUCUUUCUCACCUGGAGAGAGAGGGAGGGAAGGACUAGGUAUGUCGCAAUCGUAUAGUAGCGGAAGCAGCAUCACCGGCGGCGAUGUUUGUGGAGGGCCAGACUUUCACCUACCGGACGAGAUCCUGGCGGUGAUACCGACGGACCCGUACGAUCAGCUGGAUCUGGCGCGGAAGAUCACGUCCAUGGCGAUCGCGUCGCGUGUUAAGAAACUGGAGGAAGAUACAGGCCGCAUGCGGCAGAAGUUGUUUGAGAAGGACCGCGUCAUCUCCGACCUGGAAGAGAAGGUCUCUCGCCUUCAAAACGUGUACCAGGAGUCAGAUUCGAAGCUGAAGAUUGUGGUCGACGAAAAUAUGAAACUUUCAAAGGAGCGAGAUUCUUUGGCAGUGACUGCAAAAAAACUCAGCCGUGAUUUAUCCAAGUUGGAAUCAUUUAAGAGACAACUGAUGCAGUCACUAAAUGAUGAUAAUUCUUAUCAAGCCGAGACUGUUGAUAUUGGGACCUGUGAUCAAGCAGUUCUGAAAGCAUAUCCUGACAAGGACGAGGGGCGAAAUGGCUACAUGAUACAGCGUUCAUUUGGUGCAUCUACAAAUGUUGGAAAUCCAAUUGAUGAAGCCUCAAGGCAUGCGAUGCAAAAUUUUUCCGUGUCUCCAUAUAUUACACCUCGACUUACACCAACCGGAACUCCAAAUAUUUUAUCAACAAAUGGAUCCCCAAGGGCUUAUUCAGCUGCUGCAACUCCACGAAGAGCCUCCGGUGCAAUGUCACCAACAAAAACUCAAUACGAUGGAAGUACUGCAGUUUCUCCGUGGUAUCCAUCAAGCAAGCAGUCAUCAGCUGCAAACUCUCCUCCAUGUGGCCGAUCACUACCAGCUCGCACUCCUCGAAUUGAUGGAAAGGAGUUCUUUCGUCAGGCCCGGAGUCGCCUAUCCUAUGAGCAGUUCAGUGCAUUUUUGGCUAACAUUAAGGAACUAAAUGCUCAAAAGCAGACUCGAGAGGAAACUUUAAGGAAAGCAGAAGAAAUAUUUGGCACAGAUAAGAAAGAUCUUUAUGUUUCAUUCCAAGGAUUGCUUAAUCGCAAUGUACACACAUCACGCUGAUUCGUGAGUGUUAUCGUUAGAUUUCAUUGAACAACACUUUCGUAAAGCAAACAAUGAAAGGUAAAUCUGCUUACACUUGUUGUGAGUGUUAAGAGACCUCUCCAAAUUCGUAGUGAAUGCAUCCACAUAAAUUAUUUCUGACA